CGUUGCGUUAUCCAAAACUUAAACAAAAGUGAUUAACAACAAUCAUGCGGGUUUUAGAUAUCAAAUCUCUCACUUUGAGAAGGAAUGUUCAAAUUAGAAUUCGGAUAUGAAAUCGGCGGGUUUUAUAAAACAGGAACAUGGAUGAGGUAUAAGCAGAAUGUGAAGUCACCCCCAGUCACCCUGACAAACAUUCAUCGUCGAUCACUCAAUAGAUGACGUCACGAUACUGGAACAUCACCUAGUGGGACACUGGGUAACUUGGAACUAUUUGCAUGGGCUAUUUUGAGAAUGGUUCAUCCAUGGAUGGCGACUAAAUCGAGGCAAGGAUACUUGCAUCAAUAAGAUGGAUGGCGUUUGCUUCUUGGAUCUUAAACUAUGAGCUAAUUUUCCCAUUUGGGGAGUGGAAGAAGACCUUGAAGUUGAACUCUCGCCAUCUUGUGGACAAAUUUACAGCGAUUGAUCCAAAACAAGUUUUACGUAUAACUAUCUGAAGCAUCCUUGAUCUGGAGUAUGUUCUUCUUGGAAUUAAAAUGCCUUUGAAUCAAAUAUGUCGCAUUGUGCCCGCCGUUCGGCCGUCUUCGCGUUAUUUAUCGAGUUCCUACAGAUAUGACGAUGUUAAGGACACCGUGUUAACGGCUCCCAAAAAGUUCAACUUUGCUCAAGAUGUGAUCGACAAAUGGGCGGGAGAAACGGGCAAUAAUUUGGCUUUGCAGCAUUUAUCUUCUGACCACACGCACAGGUCAUGGUCCUUUACCGAGCUCAGCACCCAGUCCAAGCAAAUGGGAGCGGCCUUGAGGUCUUUGGGCGAAAUGAAACGAGCGGUUACCAUUCUGCCCAAAGUCCCGGAAUGGUGGCUCUUAAACGUGGCCGCCAUGAGAACUCAUACCGUCUUAUUUCCGGGCACCAUUCAGCUUACGGCCGAGGAUAUUGCCAUGCGAUUGGCCAAGGCUGAGGCUGAUACCAUCUUUGCUGAUGUGAGCACCGCCUUGAAAGUUGAGGCCCUGAAGCUGAACGCAACUCAUAAGGUCCUGGUUCAUGGACAAGAGUCUGAAGUUCAGGAUCUGAUUAAUCGGCAUGGCUGGACCAGUCUGCAAGAGCUUUUAGAUCAGAAUGGCUCGACCGAAAUCGAACCCGUGGAAACGGAUGCUUCUCAGAUGAUUCAAGUCUACUUCACCUCGGGGACUACGGGCGAGCCCAAAAUGGUGCCGCACUCCCAGCGUUCGUAUGGAUAUUGCCAUUGGGUGACCGGGAAAUAUUGGUUAGAUCUGGCUCCCCAUGACUUGCAUUGGAACAUAUCGGAUCCAGGUUGGGCCAAAUCCGCUUGGUCCAACGUGUUUGCUCCAUGGUCUCAAGGAGCGGGUGUUUUCAUUCACGGUGCCAAUAGAGUGGUGGCCAAAGACGUCUUGGAGGUCCUAGGAACACAGCCUGUGACCACUUUGUGCGCUCCGCCCACUCUAUACCGGAGUUUGAUUCAAGAGGACUUGGUCACAUGCUCCUUUAAGGCGCUGAGACAUUGCGUUUCGGCGGGCGAACCGCUGAACGAAGAGAUCAUUCUGGCUUGGGAAGCGGCCACCGGUCUUCUCAUUAAGGAGGGCUACGGCCAGACUGAAACCACCCUAGUCUGCGGAAACUUUGAAGGAAUGGAUGUCCGACCAGGGUCAAUGGGCAAGGCUGCUCCGGGUUAUGACAUCAAAAUUGUGAACAAUAUGGGUCAGGAAGUGCCUGUGGGCGAACAAGGAAAUAUUGGCGUCUACUGUCGACCUCACCGACCCGAGGGUCUCUUCGAAGGGUACUUGGGAGAGCCGGAAAAGACGGGUUACUCAUUUUCUGGGGAUUUCUAUCUCACUGGCGAUCGAGCUAGCAUGGACAAAGAUGGUUACAUCUGGUUUGCCGCUCGAACCGAUGACAUUAUUAUUUCGGCGGGCUAUCGAAUCGGACCUUUUGAAGUGGAAUCGGCCCUGCUCCAGCAUCCGGCCGUUUCCGAAUCUGCCGUGGUAGCCUCUCCCGACUUGGUCCGAGGUCAGGUGGUCAAGGCUUUCAUUGUGCUCACCCCUGCUUACGUGGAGGAGAUCAAAUCCAAGGAUGGCAAGGAAAGGUUGAUCAAGGAGCUGGAAAACUUUGUCAAGACAAAAACUGCGCCAUACAAGUACCCGCGAAAGAUCGCCUUUGUCAAGUCGUUGCCCAAGACGGUUAGCGGGAAAAUCAAACGCGCAGAGUUGAGAAGCCAGGAAACCAAGCGGAUCUCAUGAUGACUCAAAAUGUCAAAACAAAUCACUGAUAAUCAGAAAUAGUCUCAUUCAUGCAAAUAUCAAAAUAUCAAUUCAUUUUCAUCACACGGA